GCAUAUUUAGCAUCGUAGUGCAAAUGGACACUGCAUUAAUGACGUCUACAUUCCUAUUUGUUGAUAUGGUAGCAAUGAAAUUAGGAAACUCAACUAAUCUAAACUGGGAACUUUAGAACCCCUCCAAGAAAUUCAGAAACACUUCUGCACAGCUGAGGAAGGACCAUCCUGUUUCUCUGCAAACCUCAUCUACUUCACUACAAUUUUGCUCUCUCUUAUAUAGAGUUUACAGAAAUUUUGUAAAACAAUUUGCAUCAAUGCUUGUUUAAGAAAAGUUGGCAUACGUAUUGUGCGUUUUGAGAAGGAAUAUAUGCACAAGCUCGCUUGUGUAGCCUUCACUGACAUGACGCUGUCUGUAUUGGAUGGUAGUACAUGCCUCGAUCAGGAUAACACUGGUCCGCCCCCCUUUUGAAGUACAGGACAAAAUUAUAAAUACAUCUGCCAUUCACCUUGUAACUGUCCGCCACUGUCUGGAGGUAGCUCGGGAGUCUUGGACCUAUUACAGAUUCCUCCGCUGAACUUGUUUGAUUUUAUUGCUCUCUGGAAGUGUUAUAAAUUAUUGUAGCUUGCGGCAAUUUGAUCUCAACAGCGUUUGGAUUUACAGUGGCAUUGCUGCGCUCAAGGAACCUGGUGAUCCUGCACUUUGCUCGUGCACUAUGGGGGUCAAAGCAGCUCUUCCCAAACAUGAACUCUACUUCUAUUAUGUGGUGCUGUGCUUUGCCAUGCUGUGGGCUGCCAGCUGGAUUUUGGAGGUGUCCAGCUCAAAUGUAAACCGAAAAUCCUUCAAGUCCAACAUCCAGCCAGGAUGGUACUUCUUCGGCAGGAAAAUGGACACGGCUGAUGUGGAGUGGAUGAUGUGGUUCUCUACGUUCCGAGAGCAUAUUGUGUUUGCGCUCUCUGGCCACAUUCUGUUUGCCAAGAUCUGCUCCAUGCUGGCCCCACAGUACAGGUCCCUGGUGCACACAGUGUACUGCGUGCUGGCUGUGCUCUCCAGCAUGGGCUGGACCUACGUGAUGUUGAUCCUCUCCCACUGCAUGCUGCUCUACAGCAUCUCCCUGGUGAAGCUGCGCUGGCUGUGCUUUACCGCCGGCCUCACAAUGCUGGCCACCUUCAAGAUGGAGCCCUUCAUCUCCUGGCAGGCGGGGUUUGUGAGCGGCUCCUUCGAGCUCCGCCCUGUGUUCUUCUAUGGAGGGUGUGGCUUCUCCAUCAUGCGCUGCAUUAGUUUUGCCCUGGAGAACUGUGAGAAGAAAGAGGGCAACUACAGCGUACUGGAGCUUCUCAAGUACAACUUCUACCUCCCUUUCUUCUACUUUGGACCCAUCAUGACGUUUGACAAGUUCCAUCUGCAGGCCAACAAUCCUGACUUGAGCAGGAAAGAGAGGGAGAUGUGGAACAUUUCCGUCCAGGCGUUGUUGCACCUGGGGGCUAUUAUCGUGGUGGCCAUCCUCUUUCACUUCCUGUACAUUCUGACAAUACCCAGUGACCUGAAGUUGCUGAAACGCCUGUCAGACUGGGCCAUCGCUGGGCUGGCUUAUUUGAAUGUGGUGUAUGAUUGGGUGAAAACAGCUGUGAUGUUUGGGGUGAUAAACACGGUGUCUCGACUAGACCAUCUGGACCCCCCCAAACCCCCCAAAUGCACCACAAUGCUCUAUGUCUUCUCAGAGAUGCACUUUGAUAGAGGAAUCCAUGACUGGCUCUGCAAGUACGUGUAUAACCACCUAGGUGGGCAACAUAACAAUGUGUUGGACGAGUUGGUAGCCUCCCUCUGCACUUACGGCAUCAUUGCCCUGUGGCUGGGGCCAAGCUGGGGGAUCUUCAUCUGGGCCUUCUUCAACUGCUUUGGGCUUAACUUUGAGAUGUGGAUGGCCAAGUUCUUCUCUACAGAGCCCUUUGUUUCCAUUGAGAUGGCGAUGUCACAAUCUAUGUCACGCAGAAUUAGAGCCGUGCUAAAUACGUUCAACUUUUGGAGCAUUGUCCUGUACAACAUCGUGGCCCUCAACAGCCUUGACUUUGCUAAGCUUGUUGCCAAAAGACUUCUGGUAAAAGGAUUUCCCUUGUCCACCAUCACUGUGAUGUUUGUGACCUACUGCUUGGUGCAGAUUAUUAAAGAGAGAGAACGAGAGCAGGCACUGAUCCAUGACCCUGACCCUCCACCCUCAUCCACCACCACCUCGGCCCAGACACCCAGCACUGCUCACCCUCUGGACAAGGAAAAACCAGAGUAGAACGUUGUCACCUUCCAACUGCAAUAUUCUACUACUAAAGUAUUCGUCUUGCAGACUAACGGAAUAAGUUUACCAACAAAAUCCUCAGCGAUACCCUAAUGUAUGAUAUGCUAACAGCUCUGCACAGAAUAAUCCAGAAUGAACUACAGCAGAUAUGCAUGUAAUAUAAAUGAAAUAAACUUUAGAGGCCAUGUUCAUCAUGGUGAUUUUGUCACAGCAUUUUUGAAUAACACCUUUGGGGAAAGAACUCUUAUUCUCUGUAAAUAACUUCUUACCACACUGAAGAUGAAAUAAAAGCUGUACCUUUCAACAUUUCAA